AUGCAAAAGAGUAAGUGUGAUCACUCAGUAUUUUAUAGGCAAUCUGAAGCUGGUCUAAUUCUCCUAGUAGUCUGUGUGGAUAACAUUGUCAUUACUAGGAGUGACUCUGCAGGUAUUUCAUCUCUUAAAACAUUCCUCCAAACCCAGUUUCAGAUCAAAGACUUGGGAUUAUUAAAGUAUUUUUUGGGUAUUGAAGUUAUGAGAAGUAAGAAGGGUAUUUUCUUGUCUCAAAGAAAAUAUGUCAUUGAUCUAUUGAUAGAGACAGGAAAAUUAGGUGCUAAGCCUUGCAGUGCGCCAAUGACUCCAAAUUUACAACUGUUAGCAGGAGAUAGUGAGUUGUUUGAAGAUCCAGAGAGAUACAGGAGAUUGGUAGGAAAAUUGAUCUACCUUACAGUCAAUCAUCCUGACAUUGCUUAUGCGGUUAGUGUGGUAAGUCAGUUUAUGUCUUCUCCAACUGUUGCUCAUUGGGAAGCCUUGGGACAAAUCUUGUGUUAUCUGAAGGGCGCUCCAGGAAGAGGUUUGUUAUAUGGUAAUCAUGGACAUUUGAAUGUUGAAUGUUUUUCAGAUGUCGACUGGGCUGGAUCUGAGGUUGACAGAAGGUCAACUACUGGAUAUUGCGUUUUUGUUGCAGGAAAUUUGGUGUCUUGGAGAAGCAAGAAGCAGAGUGUAGUUUCUCGAUCUAGUGCUGAAUCGGAAUACAGAGCCAUGGCACAAUCAGUAUGUGAGACCAAACAUAUUGAGAUUGAUUGUUACUUUGUUCGUGAAAAGAUUCAACAAUAGAUCAUCUCAACAGGACACAUCAAAACUGGAGAGCAGUUAGGAGAUAUUUUCACAAAAGCUCUGAAUGGAGCUAGGAUUGACUACAUUUGUAACAAGUUGGGCAUGAUUAACAUCUAUGCUCCAACUUGAGGGGGAGUGUUAUGGAAAGUCAAUCACUAUAUCAUUUCUUUGUAUAUUCUGUAUUCUGUAUUCCUAUUUAUGAUUUCUUAUUUAGGAUUUCUUCUUAAUUAGUAGAACACAAUUAUAGGAAUCAAUUGUAUAUAUAUACCCAUGUACAGAUUAAUUGAAAUGAAAGAGAAUCAUCUCUUUCUACAGA